UUCCUAAGAAGAUUCUUCUUGACUUUUGACGUGAGACGAUAUGAACGGAAAAAUAAGCCUUCUCCUGCUUUUUCUCGUCUUCCUUACAUCGACACCAGGUGUGUGCCCACUGAGUUUCCAGGAAGUAAAUGCCAAGGCAGGUGAGAUGGCGGUACUGCAGUGUCCUUCUUACAGAGGGUACAGUGAUGGAGAUGCUGAGGUGUUCUGGACCAGUCACACCGUGGAUGAAAUGAAACUCUUCAACAUGUCAAUAUCAGCUGAGCAGAGGCAGAUGGGUGUGCUGGUUCAUGGAAGAAUCCUUGUCAUUCUCAGAGCUUCAGUAAACCAUCAGGGGAAUUACUCCUGCUCUUUUCGGAAUUCCAGCAGACGGUCCUGGAUAAGCCUCGAAGUAUACAAAGCGCAGUCCAGAGACUCUGAACAAAUGAACCAGAUCUCUAAAGAAUGUUACACAGAGGAGUACUGCAAUUUGUACUGCCCUGAAAAAAAUGUUCGUUUUAACACCCUGAAUAUCACCAGAAUCGGCAUCACAUGGCACAAGGAGGGCGGGUCAUCACCAAAAGACGGUUACUUCCCAAGUGUGAAAAAAGAGGACAGUGGCAACUAUACCUGCACCCGCUCUUACCUGUAUGAUGGUCAAAUAUAUAACAUGACCUCUACGGUGAAACUUGAUGUCCAACCAAGCAAAAUAACUGAGAAAGCAGUGAUAAUUUCACCAAAGAACAAGCAGGUAUUUGAGGUAGAUUUAGGCUCAAGAGUGGUGAUUGAUUGUAAAGCAGUUAUGAUGUCAGACACUGAUGACUUGUUUUGGUUAAGUGGAAGUUCAUUUGUGGAUGCAGACACUAGUCUAUCAGUUUUCUAUAAUGAUACAGGGUUCAACAGCAGAGAGGAAAUCCACAUGACAUCUCUAAUCUUCAGAAAAGUGUCAGAGGACGAUCUGUCAAAAAAUUAUACCUGUAAACUGCAAUCUGACUACCAAACAAGCUUUGUCACCAUCACCCUAAAACAAAAAGAAAUAACUGAGAAAGCAGUGAUAACUUCACCAGAGAACAAACAGGUAUUUGAGGUAGAUUUAGGCUCAACAGUGCUGGUUGAUUGUAAAGCAGUUAUGAUGUCAGACACUGAUGACUUGUUUUGGUUAAGUGGAGAUUCAUUUGUGAAUGCAGACACUAGUCUACCAGUUUUCUAUAAUGAUACACGGGUCAACAGCACAGAGGAAAUCAACAUGACAACAUCUCUAAUCUUCAGAAAAGUGUCAGAGGACAAUCUGUCAAAAAAGUAUACCUGUAAACUGCAAUCUGACUACCAAACAAACUUUGUAACCAUCACUCUAAAACAAAAAGCUGCUUCUUCCUCUUACUUUGAGGCUUUAUGGAUUGUGGGCUUUGUGCUGAUGGUGAUGGUACUAACAGCAGUUAUUUAUGCAAAGUUUAAAGUCGACAUCACGCUUUUCCUUCGUCAAAUUCUUGGCUGCCAUCGAACCAUCCCAGAUGGAAAAAGCUACAACGCCUGCUUGAUGUAUUACAAGAGUAGCACAGAUCCAGGACUAAAUGAAGAUGACAGAAAAAGGCUGGAGAGUGAAAUGAAGCACAGAUUCGGUUACAGUCUCUGUCUCUACAGUCCUGAUGUUGUACCAGAUAAAGGAGAGGCUGUGUUAGACUGCAUAAGGCAGAGUCAGACAGUGGUUCUGGUCCCCUGCUCAGAAGAUUCUGGUUCAGGAGUCGACCUGCUGAACAGUAUCCAAGCAUCCCUCAAGAAGUUGCAGACUCACGUGGUUUUGAUUAAAACUGAGACAGCCGGAGUCUUGAGCACAAGUUCAUCUUCAGAGGCCUUAAAACUCUGCAAAGCUGCAGACUGUGUCACCUGGAAGGGAAAAAGCUCCAUGCUGCCCUCUUCUGCCUUCUGGAAGCUGCUUCGUUAUUACCUACCUGCCCCGCAGAGAGCACCCAGAGCUUUAACAUGACUGUACAGUAUUUAGGAUGUAAGACUGUAUUUCCUCCACUGAACACACACAUGUAAUGGAAGCUCUUAAAACAUGUGGUUAUCCUAUUUGGUCUUUCAUCAAAUCAGCAAAGAGGCACAGAGAAGACGAUCAGACAGGAACUAGGGAGGAUCAGAAAGACAAACACAACAAUAUUGUCAUCCCCUAUGUAGCAUCUUUAUCAGAAAAACUCAGGAGAGUCUUCUCCGAGCACAACAUCCCAGUGUACUUCAGACCCAGCCACACAAAAACUGGUUCAUCCCAAAGACAGAACUCCUAAACACAAACUUAACAACAUAGUUUAUGCUGUACAGUGUAGCGAGGAAUGCCCAGACCUCUACAUUGGAGAGACCAAACAGCCACUUCACAAACGCAUGGCACAACAUAGAAGAGCCACCUCGACAGGACAACUCAGCCGUCCAUCUGCAUCUAAAGGACAAAGUCACUCCUUCGAGGACACCAAUGUUCACAUUUCGGACAGGGAAGAUGGUUAGAAAGAAGAGUGAAAGAAGCCAUCUAUGUCCACUGUGAAUGACCAUCUUUGAACAGAGGUGGUGGCUUAUGACACCAACUGUCUGCCAUCUAUAACCCAGUUUUGAGAUCCCUUCCCAGACGCCUUAAUGCCCACUCACAUCCUGGGCCCUUUGGCCUCAGGAAAUCACAUGAUAGGGUGGGGUUAGGUUUUACAAUGAGUUCACCCGAAACCUUGGCUGAUUGUGACCUACACCCAUUUUUCAUAUACAGACAACCUUAUUGCUGGUGAUAUUUUUAUUUUAUUUAUUUUUUCCCAUCUUCUGCAUUAUAUUGUAUUUUUUCUGUUAAUAGUGUUAUUUUGUAUUUUCUUAUGCUGAUGGGUUUGUUUAUUGUGUUGUCUUCUGAUUGCUGGUAUUGGUUCUUUAUAUUUUCCUUAUUUGUGCCUUUAGUUUAGUUAUACAGUUGUGUUCAAAAUAAUAGCAGUGUGUUUUAAAACAUGAGUAAAGCUCAAAAUUAUCAUUAUUAUUUCCAUUCAUUGGAAACACUGCACAUUAUAUUUUACAUCAAAACACGAUGAAAAAAGUAUCAACAGUUCAAUUCCUUUACAGGAAAACAUGAUAUUGGGCUGUUCAAAAAAAUAGCAGUGUCUGAAAUAAAAUAUACCCUGAGGUAUCUCCUAUCUGUGAGAAAUGCUCCCUAGCUGAUACGUUAAGCCACAGUUUUGUUUUUUGUCCCAAGGUAAAAGUAUUGUCUCAAAUUCUUCAUGUGCAGUUGAACCCUGAUCCACUAAUAAUUAUUCUGGGCAUAUUUGAUGAUACUGUGGGAAUAGACAGUGCAAAGCGAUGUUUUAUAUCCUACUGUAUUAUUAUUGCAAAGAAAGUUAUUCUUACUCACUGGAAGAAGAGAGAUCAACCCCCCUUAAAGCUCUGGCUUAAUGAGCUGGCAAAUACAUUACAUUUGGAGGGAAUACGAUAUACUCUUUGUGACAGACUCUCUUCUUUCAGUAAAAUUUGGGCACCUCUCUUUACAUUUCUGCAGCUAUAACCAGCAGUUACAGUUUUUUGGCUUCUCAUUAUGACAAGCUAGCCAGACAGCUGGGACUGGGGUUGUGGGCGUGUGGGAGGGUAUUGUACCAUGUUAUGUUAUGUUUUGUUAUAUUUGUAAUGCUAUGUGAUGUUAAUGUACAAAACAGAGCAACUAUCUGAUGCUGUAAAUUCCAUUGUCAUACAAACAUAUGAAUUGCUCA